CAAAAAUGUUGCUCGACUGGACAGGUGACCGGUAGGUAUAUAUCUCUGUCACCACAGGUACCACGACGAAAGGAGCUUUAAAUCUCGUCAGUGGAGAAGCUCGGAAAGACUGAACUUUUUCUGGACCGAGCAGGUUGAAGGGCUUUUUUUUUCUCUAAGAAGAAGAAAGACUUUAAAAAAUAUGUCUCGGCGUUCAAGUAUUUUACCCGAUAAGGUAGUCUUCGAGGACUUCAAAAAUCAGUGUUUAGCCACCGACAGCUGGCUAAAGAAGUAUGACAGCAACGGGAUGCAAGUGUGGGUCGAGGUGCGCGCUGUGGAUAAAGGAAAUUACGUGCCUAAAGUCCACAAAAUCAAGUGUAAAAUUACAGUUAAAGAUGUACCAGCUGCUACCAUGUUCGAUGUCCUUCAUGAUAGUCAGUACCGCAAGACAUGGGAUCCCGCCAUGCACGAGAGUUAUGAUAUUGCCCGGCUCACUGAUAAUGCUGAUGUCGGCUACUACUCAUGGCGCUGUCCAAGUCCAUUAAAGAACAGAGAUGUUGUGACACUGCGCUCAUGGCAGAUCACGGAUGACGAGUACAUUAUCAUUAACUUCUCAGUCAAACACCCGAAAUACCCUCCUCGCAGUGACCUCGUGAGAGCCGUUUCCAUCCAGACGGGCUAUUAUAUCAAGUCCACGGGACCAAAUAGCUGCACUUUCAUAUAUCUUUCACAAGCAGACCCCAAAGGCUCUCUUCCAAAAUGGGUAGUGAACAAAGCAUCCCAAGUUCUUGCUCCUAAGGUAAUGAGGAGUGUGCUGAAGGCGGGACAGGAAUACUCAGUCUGGAAACGUCAGAAUUCCCCCAACUACAAGCCCUGGCUCUACCCAGAGCAGAGCACCCUACCAAAGAUGGACCCUGCUGAGCUGUCGAUUCAGAGAGCAGACUCACUUGAAAAUGUGGAUGAAAGCUCAAAGCUAGAUGCUCACGAAGGGGAGGACAGCAGUUAGAUUGAAUCAGACUCAUGAAAGAAAGGGUGGACAAGAGGGGAAUGGACUGUAGAUGGACUUAAAGCCUCCGGCUCUCUGUGAUAUCACCAUAAUCCUCCAGUUCUCUAAAACAGUGUGCCUUUGAGGACGAGCAAGAGUAUGAAGUGUUUACAACUGUCGUACAAGAUGGAAAUGAGCACAGAUCAAAUUGCCAUCACCUCAGUCUGUGUUGAGCUAAGCUAACUUACACUGUACAGGGUUAGAGGUGUUGGGGUUGGAAUGUGACAUAGUUACAAUGCUACACUUACAAUUGGACCUCAGACAGUCAGUCUUUAGUUGCAGCUACAUUAACAAAUUUUAAAGUGGAAGAAAAGGAAACAGGGUUGCAGAGUUGGCGUUGACCAGUGUAGAGUUGUGAUGUCAACUUCACUUCAGAAUAUUGCAAAUUAAAAACUAAACUUUUUUCAGUCUUCCUUUUGGGUUUCAGGUAGACAUGGACAGAUGAUCACUUUGUAAUAAUUUUCACUGUUUAAACAGUUUUGUUAGUAAGUUCACAGCAUUUUUGCAGCAGCCACAGAUUUUUCUUUUAAUCAUGUAUUGAGAGUAACUUUGUGGAGGGUUUUUUUUUUUGUCUUCAGUUUGUAAUUAAGAUGACUGUUUGAGGGUGUGUUAGCUAUACUCAGAUGUUGUGCAAUCAAAGUGUUUGCAUUGUAAAUGAUUACAAAUGCUAGACUUCCACUGGUCUGCAAACAGGGCUUGAAAUGAACUUCCGGUUAGGUUGUAUUACCAACUCAGAAUGUACAUGAAUGAGUGAUUGUGUUUUGUUAAUUGAAUAUCAGCUGAAGGAUUGGAAUGGCCACAAAGGCUGUUGUUUUUUUUGUUUUUUUAAAUUUAUUUAUUUCAAGUUGUUGUAAAUUGAUGAAGUCAUGACCUGGGAUGAAGCCCCUGUAGUGACACGAUUAGGUUUUUCUUACUAAACUAUUUAAUGUUAACAAUGUUGCAAGACCUUGACUUUUUUCCCCCCCCCAAAUAAACCAAACAAGGUUAGCAGACUUGCAUACUCACUGUAAUUGUCAAAUAAGAGGAAUGCUCUCAACCAGUUUCGAGAGAAACCGACUGUCAGGGUGGAACAAGUUUUACUACUCCUACCAGAACAAAAAGGACUGGUUUG